GCAUUUAGGCUGACGUGUCUGCAGUUCUUCGGCGGCUCGGCGAGUAGGGCCGUGAUGGCGGAUGCCUGGGAGGAGAUCAGGCGGUUGGCGGCUGACUUCCAGCGGGCGCAGUUCGCCGAGGCCACACAGAGGUUGUCAGAGCGGAACUGCAUUGAGAUUGUGAAUAAAUUGAUUGCUCAAAAACAGCUAGAAGUAGUUCACACACUUGAUGGGAAGGAAUAUAUUACACCAGCUCAAAUUAGUAAAGAAAUGAGAGAUGAGCUACAUGUCCGAGGUGGUCGAGUAAACAUUGUUGAUCUGCAACAGGUAAUUAAUGUGGAUCUGACUCAUAUUGAAAGUAGAAUUGGUGACAUUGUAAAAUCAGAAAAACAUGUGCAGCUAGUGUUGGGACAACUGAUAGAUGAGAACUAUUUGGAUCGGUUAGCAGAAGAGGUAAAUGAUAAAUUGCAAGAAAGUGGUCAGGUCACCAUAUCAGAGCUGUGUAAAACCUAUGAUCUUCCUGGAAACUUUCUGACACAGGCACUAACUCAGCGACUAGGUAGAAUUAUUAAUGGACAGAUUGAUCUUGAUAACAGAGGAGUCAUAUUUACUAAAGCUUUUGUAGCUCGACAUAAAGCACGCAUCCGUGGACUGUUCAGUGCUAUUACCCGGCCUACAGCAGUAAAUUCUCUCAUUUCAAAAUAUGGAUUUCAAGAGCAGCUGCUUUACUCUGUGCUUGAGGAACUCGUUAAUAGUGGACGUUUACGAGGCACUGUGGUUGGUGGGAGACAGGAUAAGGCAGUGUUUGUCCCUGACAUUUACUCCAGAACACAGAGUACUUGGGUGGAUUCCUUUUUCAGGCAGAAUGGCUAUCUAGAAUUUGAUGCUUUAUCCAGACUUGGAAUCCCAGAUGCUGUGAGCUACAUAAAGAAAAGAUAUAAGACUACACAGCUCUUGUUUUUGAAAGCAGCUUGUGUUGGUCAAGGACUUGUGGAUCAGGUGGAAGCAUCAGUAGAGGAAGCCAUCAGCUCUGGAACAUGGGUUGAUAUUGCACCUCUGUUACCCAGUUCUUUAUCAGUUGAAGAUGCUGCCAUGUUGCUUCAACAGGUGAUGAGAGCAUUCAGCAAGCAAGCUUCAGCUGUAGUCUUUAGCGACACUGUUGUAGUCAGCGAAAAAUUCAUAAAUAACUGCACAGAACACUUCAGUGAACUGAUGCACCAGAAAGCUGAAAAGGAAAUGAAAAAUAAUCCUGUUCAUUUAAUCACUGAAGAUGAUCUGAAACAGGUCUCCAUUUUAGAAAGCAUUAAUACAAGUAAAAAGGAUAAAAAAGAUGAACGAAGGAGAAAAGCAACAGAGGGCAGUGGAAGUGUGAGAGGAGGUGGUGGUGGUAAUGCCAGGGAGUACAAAAUUAAAAAAAUCAAGAAGAAAGGAAGAAAAGAAGAGGAUAGUGAUGAUGAGUCAUCUCACACUGGAAAGAAGAAGCCAGAGAUCACUUUUAUGUUCCAGGAUGAGAUUGAAGAUGUUUUAAGAAAACACGUACAAGAUGCCCCUGAGGAAUUUAUUUCUGAACUUGCUGAGCACUUAAUAAAACCUCUUAAUAAAACUUAUAUCGAGGUGGUACGUUCAGUGUUCAUGUCUUCAACUUCUUCUGCCUCUGGAACUGGUAGAAAGCGCACAAUCAAGGACUUGCAAGAAGAGGUUUCAAACCUAUACAAUAAUAUUCGGCUGUUUGAAAAGGGGCUGAAGUUCUUUACAGAUGAUACACAGGCUGCUCUUACAAAGCACUUGCUGAAGACAAUAUGUACUGACAUCACUAACCUCAUUUUCAACUUCUUAGCUUCGGAUUUAAUGAUGGCAGUAGAUGAUCCUGCAGCCAUUACAAGUGAAGUAAGAAAAAAAAUUUUAAGUAAAUUAUCAGAAGAAACCAAAGUAGCUCUCACAAAACUCCAUAGCUCUCUGAAUGAAAAGAGCAUAGAAGACUUCCUUUCUUGUCUGGAUUCUGCAGCAGAAGCUUGCGAUAUUAUGGUGAAAAGGGGAGACAAAAAAAGGGAAAGGCAGAUACUGUUCCAGCAUCGACAAGCACUGGCUGAACAGCUAAAAGUCACAGAAGACCCUGCUCUUAUUCUGCACCUCACAGCAGUCCUUCUGUUUCAGUUCUCAACCCACAGCAUGCUCCAUGCACCUGGAAGAUGUGUCCCACAGAUCAUUGCUUUUCUUAAUAGUAAAAUUCCAGAGGAUCAGCAUACUCUUUUGGUAAAGUAUCAAGGUUUAGUUGUAAAGCAUUUAGUUAGUCAAAAUAAGAAGACUGGACAGGGAGAUGAUCCCUCGAGUGAUGAAUUAGACAAAGAACAAGAAGAUAUCACCAAUACUACUCGUAAAGAGCUUCAAGAACUUUCUUCAUCCAUUAAAGACCUUGUUCUCAUGUCCAGGAAAUCAUCUGUGACAGAAGAGUAAUGAUCUUAAUUUACUUUUGUCAUAUAGUAAACAUUUUUCCCAAAGUUUAAAGUGAGUGGUUACCAAAAAAUAUUCACUUCACAAUCCUCAGUUUCCCCCAAUAACACACACAUACACACACCCACACAGUUCAGUUUAAACAGUAGUGUUGUAUUCAGUGUAAAUCUUAGAAAAAUGUGAAAUUUUUGUAAAUUGGAUUCAACCAUGGAAGACUUCUUUUUCACAUUAUAAUUCUAAAAAUUACUAUUUCAGGUUUAUUUUCAGAUGCUGAAUGAAGAAUAAAUUUUAUGAAAUCUUUCAUCUCUAGAAAAGGACUCAUUUGUUGUGUUGUUAGAUUUCAAGUGACAUUCUUACAGUUAUAUACAUAUUAGGCAGAACCUUAAAAUGUGGUCAUGUGUUUUUUGUUUUUUUUUUUUAAGAUUUUAUUUAUUUAUUUGAGAGAGAGAAUGAGAU